AUCCUCUCUUUUCAGACUUUAAGAUCGGUAGACGCAGCACAACUUUAUGGUUUGGUACCCAAUCAAUAUAGGCCGACAAGCCUGAGAAAAGAUUAUCCUGUUACUGGUGCUAAGAAGGGUACUCAUAGCAAUGAUGAUGUGGAUCGUGAUGAUUUUAAUACCAUGGAAUGUGACACUACCACUGCUGUCUUCACUGAUGGUGUUAGUAGUGGAACGAGUGACCUAUUUAGUGGUAUUACGAGUGCUGGUCGAGGUAGUGAUAUCGUGGAAAGUGAUUGUGGUGGUGAUUGUCAGAAUACCAAUCCUGUAGUUGCUACUGGUGGAAUUGAAAGUGUUAGCAAGUGGACAAGUGCAAUUGUCUUCGGUGCUACGAGAGGUCUUCCUGGUCCUAGUGAUGAUACCGUGGGAAGUGAUUUUAAUACCAAUGAUUGUCAGAGUAUCAAUCCUGUCCUUUUUUGUGAUGACCUUGGAAAGAUUACCAGUGGAACUAGUGUCGUUGAUGCUGGUGUAACAACAGAUGGUCCUAUUGAUGAUAUCGUUGAAAGUGAUUUUGUUACCACUAGUUGUGACAGUAACAAUGCUGUCUUUGCUGCUGAUAACACUGAAAGUGGUAGUAGUGGAACAAGUGUUAUUGGUGAUGUUACAACAGAUGGUCCUAGUGAUGAUACUUUUGGAAGUGAUUUUGUUACCACUAGUUGUGACAGUAACAAUGCUGUCUUUGCUGCUGAUAACACUGAAAGUGGUAGUAGUGGAACAAGUGUUAUUGGUGAUGUUACAACAGAUGGUCCUGGUGAUGAUACUUUUGGAAGUGAUUUUGUUACCACUAGUUGUGACAGUAACAAUGCUGUCUUUGCUGCUGAUAACACUGAAAGUGGUAGUAGUGGAGCAAGUGUUAUUGAUGGUGUUACAACAGAUGGUCCUAGUGAUGAUACCUUUGAAAGUGAUUUUGUUACCACUGGUUGUGACAGUAACAACAAUAAUGCUGUCUUUGCUGCUGAUAACACUGAAAGUGGUAGUAGUGGAACAAGUGUUAUUGGUGGUGUUACAACAGAUGGUCCUAGUGAUGAUACCUUUGAAAGUGAUUUUGUUACCACUGGUUGUGACAGUAACAAUACUGUCUUUGCUGCUGAUAACACUGAAAGUUGUAGUCGUGGAACAAGUGUUAUUGGUAGUGUUACAACAGAUGGUCCUAGUGAUGAUACCUUUGAAAGUGAUUUUGUUACCACUGGUUGUGACAGUAACAAUGCUGUCUUUGCUGCUGAUAACACUGAAAGUUGUAGUCGUGGAACAAGUGUUAUUGGUGGUGUUACAACAGAUUCAUUUUAG